UAUCGUAUCAAAUUUGCCAAACAGCACUGGCUCAUUUUUCUUUUAGCUACUUUUAAUUUCCCGCGCAUUUUCUCCGAUUGACUCAUCUGCGAGAUAAGGAAUGGCUCCAAAACCGGAUAGCGCAGAAGCGAUCGUGUUAAACUUUGUUAACGAGCAAAAUAGACCGGUGAAUUCACAAAAUGCUGCUGAUGCAUUGCAAAAGUUUAAUCUCAAAAAGGCGGCUGUACAGAAAGCACUUGAUUCUCUUGCAGAUAGUGGAAAGAUUUCAUUUAAAGAGUAUGGCAAGCAAAAGAUUUACAUUGCUCGCCAAGAUCAGUUUGAAAUUCCAAACUCUGAAGAGCUUAAUCUUAUGAAAGAAAAAAAUUCUGAGCUUCAGAAACAGGUUGAAGAGCAGAAGAAAGCAACAAAUGCGGUUGAGGGAGAAAUUAAGGCUUUGCAGUCAAAUUUGACAUUGGAGCAGAUACAUGAUAAAGAAGUAAAAUUGAGAAACGAGGUCAAGGAAAUGGAGGACAAAAUGGUAAAACUUCGUGGAGGAGUUACCUUGGUUAGCCCAGAAGAGCGAAAGGCUAUCGAGAAAAUAUACUCAGAGCAAAUAAGUCACUGGAAAAAGCGUAAAAGGAUGUUUAAGGAUCUCUGGGACGCUAUUACUGAAAAUUCACCCAAGAAUCUAAAGGAAUUUAAGGAGGAACUUGGAUUCGAGUAUGAUGAAGAUGUUGGUGUGAGUUUGCAGUCAUUCAGUGAUUUGCUUCAACCUGGUAAGAAGCGUACCAGAGGCCAGUGAGUUUAUACGAAUGAGUUAUAUGUUUUAUCAUGUAUUUACGCAUACAACUUCUAGUCACUUUCUGGAUAUAUAUAUGUUACUGAGUUUGUAUAUUCUGCAUCCUUGUAAGACAGGUAAUUUUACUUCAGUUUCCACUUAA